GCGGACGAACCGUUGGAUCAUCAUCGGGAGCUGGGAACCCGAGCUCUCUCAACCUCUCCCCGGCGCGGCGCGGCGCGGCGCCAUGGAGACUGAGGCGGCGGCGCUGUCGCAGCUGCAGCUGCAGCUCCUCGCCCUCGUCUCCGAGCUUCGCCUUCUCCGGGAGCGGGAGCGCGGCGCCCGCGACGAGCUCCGCGACGCCGGCCAGAGGUGGGAGGAGGCGGAGGAGGAGCACCGCAGGGAGGCUCGGGAGCUACGCGCGGAGGUGGCCGCGCGGGACGACGCGCUGCGGAAGCUCGAGGCGAGGAUAAAGUGCCUUGAGAAUGAGAAUGAGUUGCUGGAGAAGAAUGAAAACAACUUGAAAGAAACCAUGGAGGGGCUGCUUCAAUCAAGGGAGGCUUUCAUAAAACAUUAUGAGGACUCUACUUGUUCUAUGCAAUGGACCAUCCAGAUGAAGGAUAAACAGAUCGCCGUAAUUUCAGAAAAGUUAAAUUCUCAUCUUGUUUUAUUUAGUUCGGUACAAAAGGAAGUUGCGGCGGUGAAACAAGUAUUAGGUGAUGUGCAUUUUCUGGUUGGUGAGAAGGAAAAUGUAGUUGCUGAUUUGAAGGAUAAGGUCCAAAUGAUUUCUGUGCUUGAGAAAGAUGUUGUAGAUAAACUUAAUUUCUUGGAAAGUAAAAUUAGUGCUUACCAGCUUGAACUCCGGAGUAGGGCAAGGAUCAUAUAUGAGUUGAAAGAUCGCCUUGAGGCUGAGAAGCUUAACAACAGUUUUCAGCCCCAACUGGAAGAACUUAAAAAAGCUUUGUUGGUGAAGGAUGAUAUUAUUGAGAGAUUAACUUCAGAGAAGCAGGCAAUGCAUGUGGAGCUUCACAAUAUGGAGAUUGCUUUACAGAGAUUUCAAGAUUUAUUCAGUAGCAUUGGACAUGGGAGGAUGAAGAACUUUUUAGCAAUUUCUGGAAGUCAGGAUGUGAAUAAUGGGCAGCCUGAAAGCAUUCCGGGUACACAGGGAGGUCUAGCCAAUGAGCAUAACUCGGUAACUGCAAUUGACGAAGCAGCUACCACUCAAAAUGUAGACCAUCAGUUGGAAAUUAGUCCAGGCAGCAUGCAAGUACAAAGCCCAACAUGCCUCAAGUUUGGUGCAUUGUCAUCUCCGGAGCCAGUAGCAGCACAUACAGAAAAAGCUGACUGCCUUCCUGAGCUCAAAGAAGACAUUGUCAUGGGUGAUUUAUCUCCCACGCAUCCAACAGAUUCUGUGAAUCCGGAACCUGACUCGGAGAAUCAACAGCUUCUGUGAAUCCGGAAUCCCUCAUCCCUUCGCUUCUUCACCAUGAAUUUGGAUACACAAAGCUACCGAUUCCGGUGGCCGAUAGUUGCUGCACAUUUGUCUUGUACUCAUAGUUAACCAUCCCAUGUUUGUAUAGAUCGUUUAGCGGUUCAGGUUGGCCACGAGCUUAGAGAUAUUUUCUGCUCGUCUGAAGUUCUGUCAGCUUGCUGUGUGUCAACGGCAUUACUGUACGACUGUACGUUGCAGUUUGUUCCUUCCAACGAUACGAAUUUUUCUUUUACUAAACUUUCCAUGAUAAUUUCUUUAUUUCGGGAAGGUAAGCAAAA